AUGGAGUUAGUCAUAAAAACAGAGCUCUUGCUUGGAUAUAGAAGAGAUGGAGUGAUUGAGCCCAAAUGUGGACAGUGUGGCCAGGGCUCAGAGAUCUGUGUAUAUCUUGUGAAGGUGAACAGUGCGCUGCACCCUCUGGAAAGCUCCCUAAAAGGAGACAGUGUGUUUCUAGAGUCCAGGAAUGCCCAUUCUGUCCUGAAGUGGUUUCUUUAUGCCAAUGAGUUUCUGGAGGAGCUGCACCAGGGCAUCAAAAUGGGAGAGAUCUGCAGUUAUGAUGAGGUCAAGGAGGUGUUUGAGGACAAAGAGCAGAUGAUAGAACUCUGGAAGGGGUACCCAAAUGCAAUCUACACAGAAGGCAUGUAUGUGGUAGUGCCCCUUCUGAGAGUGGUGCUGCUGAUUGUCAUCACCUUGUUCAUCAUCUGGAGGUGCCAGAUGCAGAAAGCCACCUGCCAUCACCCUUCCUAUGCUCAGAAUCGGUACCUUGUCAGUUGUGGCAGGCACAGCGUCCCUUGGGUCAUGGUGUACCACAGCACUUGGCAUGGGCCAACCGAGUCCUCUGGGCACCAGGGGGCAGGGCAGAACCCGCAGGUGGUGUUGGACCACAGUGUGACUCAAGAACACCAUCUACCUGGUCUGAACACCAUCUACCUCCCUGAGUUCUCCUCCAGACUGGCCAGCGCCACCUUAAUGCCAUCCUAUGAGGAGGUGAUUGCUCUCAAGGAAAGCAACAUUGAGGAGGCCCAUCUUUUUUAUAGCUAUUUACCUCCUAAGUAUAAGGAGAUAGUGGCUGCCAACCCUGGCUCAGACAAGCAAUGA